GUGCUCAAGAGGUUCGUGUGCAAAAGGUUUUGAUUUUGGUUUUGCUUGAAAGAGGAGGGAAGCGUGUGCAAAAUUGUUGUUGUUGAAGCAGGGGUGUAUGGUGUUAUUUUCCUUGUUGUCGGAAGGAACCGGAAAUGCCGUUUAAGCCACCAGAGCAGGCCGGUUGUCCGUUGUGUGGGAAGGCAGUGUACGCUGCCGAGGAGCGGCUGGCGGGUGGCCGGAAGUGGCACAAAUUCUGCUUUAAAUGCGGCAUGUGCAGCAAGUUGCUGGACAGCACCACGUGCGCCGAGCACGAGGGAAUGAUCUUUUGCAAAGGAUGUCACGGUAAACGCUUCGGGCCCAAGGGUUACGGGUUCGGGGGCGGUGCAGGAGCCCUCAGUACCGAGACGGGCGAGCAGUUUGGAAACACUGAGUGCGAGAUGGCGUCCCGGCCCCGCGAGGCGCACAUCGGGGGCUCUUAUGGAGGAACGAAAGCGUGCGGACGAUGCGGAAGGACCGUCUAUGAGAUGGAAAAGGUCAACGGAAUGGCAGACCAUUGGCACAAGAUUUGUUGCACGUGUAAAUUGUGCCACAAACGACUGGACCCGUCUUCACUUAACCGUCACGAGCGGGAAAUCUACUGCAAAGGCUGCUACUCUAAGAACUUUGGGACGACCGGAUAUGGAUUUGGAAUCGGUGCCGGUUGUCUGUCCACUGGGACGUAACUUCCCAUAUGGCGUCACACUAUGCCGAUACAUGAGGUGCUAUGUUCCCUGAGACCAGGAGUGGAUAGAAAAAAAACGAAGUAGUCGGGAUUGAAAAUUGCGACUUGGUUAUUUUGUGUAGCGCUUUUAGUUUCAAUUUAUUAAUGGUGAUAUAAUUUAUUGACCGACAGUAUUGCUUGCUGCAGAUGUGAGUGUGUGAAAAUUGUUUUGCUUAAAUUAAAGAGGAUAGUAUUUAUACUGCGUGAUUUUAUAAGGUAAUUGCAUGAACCGAUUUUAGUGGACUACAAUGAAUAUUUGACAUUUUACAUAGUUAUUUUG